CAGAGCCCCUCCCACCUCCCAGUCACUUAUCAGUAGCCUCCUCUCCUACAUCAGGCUCUGUGAUAGACAUGCGGGUAGAAAGAUGAGUCCAGCUUGUUCUCUUCUGGGAAGAAGGUACUCCACCUCACCUACACACCUUUCCUCCAGAGAGUCUCUACUCCCAGUCCCGUCCUCCCACAAUAAAGUUAUCCCUGAAAUACGGCUCUCAUACGAGACCCUCCCCCUGCCCUACUUCCCUGCCCUAAGGUUUAUCCACACCCAACUCUCCAUCCUUCUUAAUAUUUCUAAUCCUGUCGUACCUCAGAAUGCUUCCUUCCUGGACGAUCUCUUCUACGUUAACCCUGGAUAUUCAAGUCAAAUCCUUCAGUGACCAUAUUGUUUAUGUUCCCAGUCCGUGAGUAGUCUCUGGGCUUCGUAUGUAACCAGCACUCAGUAACAUGUUGAGUUGAAUUCCCAGCAGCCAUCAUUGUGGUUACAGAGCUGCCUUCUGCUUCCCUGCACAACCCCUCCCUUCUUAGCCUGGUGAUGAACCUCCAUCAUCCCAGUACUCCCCGGAGAGGCAUGCUGAGCCCCGAGGAUAUAGCCAUUUCCUCAGGAAAGCCUAUCUAUUUGGCCUGGUUGCUUUAUUUUGCAUCAAAAUGUGAUGAGGUUAAGGAGAAAGGGUUCACCCACUGGCCCCCCAGGAGCGUAAGCUUCAGCCCAGCAUGUGUUGUGUUUCCUCCCCAGAUGUCCGGUGAUAAAGGAAUUUCUGCCUUCCCUGAAUCAGACAACCUUUUCAAAUGGGUGGGGACCAUCCAUGGAGCAGCUGGCACAGUAUAUGAAGACCUGAGGUAUAAACUGUCCCUGGAGUUCCCCAGUGGCUACCCUUACAAUGCACCCACGGUGAAGUUCCUCACGCCCUGCUACCACCCCAAUGUGGACACCCAGGGUAACAUCUGCCUGGACAUCCUGAAAGACAAGUGGUCCGCCCUGUACGACGUCAGGACUAUCCUGCUCUCCAUCCAGAGCCUGCUCGGAGAACCCAACAUCGAUAGCCCUUUGAACACACAUGCCGCCGAGCUCUGGAAAAACCCCACAGCCUUUAGGAAGCACCUGCAAGAAACGUACUCAAAGCACGCCUCCAGCCAAGAUCCCUGACCCAGGAUGUGCAGCUCUCCUUCUGUUGUCUUUUUAUUUUUUUUCCCUUAGAUGGUCUGUCCUUUCCUCGAUUUCUGUACAGGACCCUGUAUCUCAUCUGUGGUGUCAUUUUUGUUUUGUUUCUGUUUUUUAAAUUAAGUGUCUGGUUAAGCCCUUGUGAUGACUAUAUUAAAUAAAUACAUUUUGGGGUUUUUUAA